GAACUUGUUAAACUUUGUCAGUAUAAAUAUGAAAAUGGCUACAGCAAACUGAUCAGAUUGAAAAAAAAAGAAAAAAAAGAUUUUCAGAGCAGUUUUAUAAAGAGAGAAGCGAAGUUUGAGUACUGAAGUAGCUGGGUUGGUGGAGUGAUUUGUGCUGGAAAUUGAGUUAUUUGGAUUUUGUGGAACCGAUUGGACGGAGCUUUUAUUCUUUCUUAAUUGUAAUUCUAUAUACACAUAAAAGGGAAGCUUAAUUUGGACCUGCAUUUGAACCAAGCUAUGUACCCCAUGAAUCCUUACCAAAGGAACCAAGUACCUUACAAUCCUCAUUAUUAUCCCCACUUCGAAUCAAAUCCUCAUCAUCAUAUGAACAUUGAUCCAACUAGAUCUACUUCACCUUAUGAAUCUUGGCCUUGUGGUGGUAGCAGCUGUGGGCAUCUUUAUCCACCUCAGUGUCACAGUUGCUGUAUCCAUAACAGUUCUCCGAGCCAGUGUGCGUUUAGCCCUCCGUAUCCUUACCUUCCACCACCUACCUACAACAACUGUAGUUAUUCUACAUAUCCUGUGAUGUAUCCUACUCAUUAUGUUCCUCCUCCACAUUUUAGUAUGGAGCAUCCCCGAUACGAGUAUGAAAAGAAUAUGGGCAGAGAUCAUCACUGUUGUGGUUGUUCAAAUCAUCAAUGUGGUAGUGAGAAAGGAGGGAGCAGUGUCAAAAUAGAAGAACAUGACCAGGAUAAGAAAAACGAAAGUAACGAGUCAUUGGUUCCUUUUGGGUUCAAGAAUUGUCCUUAUCCAGUUGUGUGCUUACCACCUGAUGACAUGAAGAAUAGGGAGCGCAUGAAGCCUAAUGGAUCCAAUUGUAAAGAGCAGGAGGAGAACCCACAAGUUGUGAAGCCGUUUGGCAAUUUCAGGGAUUUCCAGCAACCGAAUGUCUGGAAUUUAUGGCCUUCUCAUUAUGGGAACAGCUCGGAAUCACCAAAGCAAACGGGAGAUUUGCCUGAAAAGCAACAUCAUGAUGAUGCAAUCAGGAAGCAGUUUCCAUUUCCAAUAAUCUGGAUGCCUUAUAAACCCGAGGAAGAUGGAGAGAGAGUUGGUAAGGAGACUGAGUCUGACCUCAUUGCUGAGAAGGAGCCAACCUCCCCCUCAAAAUUAACUAAACCAAUGUUACAUGAUUCUGAAGACAAGAUAAGCAGUUCUAAAGAAAAUGAAGUGAUUAGCGGAAGUGAAAUCCGUGGAAAGGGACUGAAUAAAGGGUCUGUUGUGAAAACCAUUCCUGUAAAGCAAGUGGAGCAGAAUGAGAUCUUUGAUGGAAAAAAAGAGGCGGCUUCCCAGAGGCAUGAAAGUGAUGCUAAACAGAAGAAAAUUGCUCAAGAAGGUGGUAAGAAACAGUCCCCUUCUCCUACAAAGUCAUCGAAGUUGCCUCCUGUUUGUUUAAGGGUUGAUCCCCUUCCAAGGAAGAAAAGCAGUAAUGGCAAUUCUAGGUCUCCUAGUCCUCCUUGUGGGAAAGGGAAUUUAGUAGAAUCGCGCAGUGAGAGCUCCAAACCUCCCAUCCAAUCAAAUGAGAAGGAGAAUGUUCAACUAGACAAAUCAUCAACAACAAGCAUGCCCAAAAAAAGCACAGAAGUGGAGCCAAGUAAAGGCAAGACAAAAGUUGUUGAGGUUGCCCAAGGGACAUCUAAAGAAGAUAAACUUCAGGAUCAAUGUACCGUUUUCUCUGAUCUGAAACGCCAGGCAAGGAGCCAAACUGGUGAAGGCGAUACUAGUAAAGCGGCAAAUAAGCCAAAAGAUGAACCUGAUGCAGUAGCUGCAAAAGCUCAGUCCAGCAAUGAAGGACAUCACAGAGGUGAGGCCAGAGAAGCAGCCAAUGUAGAUGUGGGUGCAGGCAAUGAGAUGAAACGAGUAAAGAGGAGUCAACUGUCCGAUGAUAAGGCAGCUACCAUGAUUCAGUCGGUAUACCGAGGUUUCAAUGUGCGGAGAUGGGAGCCUCUGAAGAAAUUAAAGCAGAUAGCCAAAAUAGAGGAGCAUAUGGCUGAGAUCAAAAAACGUAUUCAGGAUUUGGAGAGCUCAGCUGACAAUGGAGUCGACAACAAACAGAGAACUAUUAUCACAGAAAUCAUAAUGAGUCUUCUGCUGAAGCUAGACGCUAUUCAGGGGUUGCAUCCAGCUGUUAGGGAAUAUAGAAAAUCCGUAGCGAAGGAGCUUGUUAGCCUGCAGGAAAAUCUGGAUCUUCUAAACUGUAAAAAGCAACCAGCAGAAAGUGAAGAGACUUUUACUGCCAAAUCUAGUGAGGAUACAUGCACGGUGUUGGAAGACAACCCUUCCUUGCAGGGCCAAGAGGUGCAAAAGUUGGAGAGGGAUGAUGAUUUUACUAAGGGGGAUGAAGGAAUAAAGUUUGAUGCAGAAGGACUUUGCGAAGAGCAGCCUCUUUGUGCAACAGAGAUGCUACCCGACUCCCAUGAUGUAGGCAAUGCAGUACUAGAGGGAAAAGAAGAAAACAAGGACGUUGAGGAGGUAAUGGAGGGCGUUUCAGGUGGCAGUGCAGUGAAGACAGGAGAUGGAGCAUCAGUAAAACCUUUUGAAUCUGAAGAAAAAACAGAUGAGUUACUUGAUGAGAACACAGCAGUAGUUGAGAAAUUAGAAGAGCGUGGAGAUGGUGUGGAUGAGUUGGAAGAACUUCCUCGAGGAGUCCUUGAUGAAGAGACCAGCAUUAAAGGUUCUGCUGAAAUCAGAAAAGACACAGUAGACCUUACUGCACUUACCCUUGAAGAAAAAGUCUCUGAUACAGCGAGUCUAGAGCACCACCACUUGGAAGCAUUGGGUGAAACACCAGUUAUUUUGGGGACGGAGAAUAUGCACAGCAGCAAUGGAGUAGAGGAAAAUGCAGAAAUUCUGGAAAGAGAUGCAGCAGUACCAAUUGACAUUCCCAAACGAGAGAAAGAAGAUGCAAAACCAUUAAGUGAAGAUGCAAACAUAUCCGAUGUGGAUGACAAGGUUGGUAUGGAGGAGAAUGAAAAAGAGCUUGAUCAAGGCGGUAGUGCAUCAGAUGGUUUUUCAAUACCAUCACAGGAAGACGCAAUCACCACGGAGCAGCCUACAGAUACUACCAACGCAGAGGAAUCAGAAACAGUUGAGGUUCAGCAGGAGAAAAUGCAAAAUGCACUUGACAAAGAUAUUGAAAUCCUUGAUUCAGGAAAACCAGUAGAAAAAUCGGUGGAACCUCAACUAUUCACUGGUACCAAUGACGAAGCUCGGGAGUACCAUAUUCAAGAUGAGCAGAAAAUUGGGGAGGAAAAUAAGGAGGUGCAAGGUGAGGAAUUGCCAGUUCGUGAUGAUGCUGUCGUCUCUGAACCUAAUAAUGAAGGAAAAGAGCAUAAUGUGGUGGUUGAGCAGCGGCUUGUGGAGGAGAACUUUGAGAUGCAAGGGAACGAACCAGUGGCUGCUGAACCAGUAACUGCCGAUAAUGCUGCACAUGUGAUCGAGGAACCAGUGGAUGGAAGUAAAGCUAUGGCUGCUCCAACAUCAGAAGCUGUAACUACCGAGACAGAGCUGUCAAGGGAGAAAGAGCUUGGUGUAGCAGAUGACCACAACACACAUCCAUCGUGUGAUGCCGUGGAAGGUAAUUCUGUUGAUGCUUCCCAUUCUUUUGGUUCUUCUACGCCUAUUGAAGUACAAGUUAUGGAUGCAAACAAGCUUAAAGAAUGGAUGAAAGUGGACAUGUCCCCAUCAUCACCUACUGCCAGCCAAGUAUCCUGUGAUAGUGAUGCGCUGUCUGAGAGCGAUAAAAAACUUAUAGAGGAGAAUGAAAAAUUAAGGGAGAUGAUGGAGAAGUUAAUUAAAUCAGGGAAUGCACAACUGAAUGCCAUAUCCAGUCUUUCUGGAAGAGUUAAGGAUCUGGAGAAGAGAUUGUCCAAGAAGAAAAAGCUAAAAUUGAAACGAAAUAGGGUACCGGCAGCUGGAUCAGCCUGUGUAAAGCCAUUGAAUGACUCACUUAGAAACAGGUCUGUGGGGUUGGCAAUGUAAAAACAAAAAGCUUGGUGAUUCCUUUGAAUGGAAUAGUAGUUUGGUUCAUGUAGUUUGUUUGUGUUCCAUACUAUGCUAUGUAUAAAUAAGGCUUUUUCUGCUCA